UAUUGCUGAUGAGAAAAAGUAUUUAGCAGUUUAUAUUUACUAAAGUUAUUGCAUUUCCAUGUUCUGUGUACUGUGGGAGACCAGAUAUAGUGAAUGCAGGGUCCUGGGAGACCAGAUAUAGUGAAUGCAGGGUCCUGGGAGACCAGAUAUAGUGAAUGCAGGGACCGGGGAGACCAGAUAUAGUGAAUGCAGGGUCCGGGGAGACCGGAUAUAGUGAAUGCAGGGGUCCAGGGAGACCAGAUAUAGUGAAUGCAGGGUCCAGGGAGACCAGAUAUAGUGAAUGCAGGGUCCGGGGAGACCAGAUAUAGUGAAUGCAGGGUCCGGGGAGACCA